AUCAUCAACAAGAAAUCCAAGAAAGAACAGCAAAGGAAAAACGUGACAAGAAAAGUGUUUUCUCGACUCGAGAUGUUAGAAGGUGCUAAAUCAAUAGGUGCCGGAGCUGCUACAAUUGCUUUAGCCAGAGCUGCUGUCGAUAUUGGAAACGUCCUCAGUUCUUUGAUUCAUUCCGUGGCGCGAAAUCCAUCAUUGGCUAAACAAUCAUUUGGUUAUGCCAUUUUGGGGUUUGCUCUCACCGAAGCUAUUGCAUUGUUUGCCCCAAUGAUGGCCUUUCUGAUCUCAUUCGUUUUCCGAUCGCAUAAAAAGUCAUGAGAUCAAAAAAGAAAUGUGAGAAUGUAGUUACAGAUGUAAAAAAAGUAAAUAUCUCGUUCUCUUGUUCUUAAAUCAUGAAUUGGAUGAUGUGCGUUUCAUCAAGUAUGAACAUAUUGCAUU